CUCACUUUUGCCUCGUUGCCAAAAAAAAAAAAAAAAAAUGAGGUUAGCUCUGUCUUGUAGUUUUCCCUGCGAAUGCAAUAUCACUAUAUCACACUCGUCCGUACAAUUUAUUCUUCUUCUCCCUCUUCUUCUUCCUCGAAACAAUCUUUAAAUGAAAACCUUAAUAUCCCAAAACCUAACUAUCAAUCGUUGGAAACCUCAUUUACCAUGUCCGUUUUUUCUCUUCAAUUUUCCUUCCCUUUCUCGGGAAAAUCGGAACCUUUUGGCGAUUUCUCACAGAAAAUGGCCCUAUAGACCAGGAGUUCUCAGACUCUCCUUCGUCAGAGCUAAUUGCGUUUCUGAGUCGGCGAGUUAUGGAGGCUGGGACAAUUUGGUACCGGUUGGCGACUCGGACCAUUCUGGUGAGGCUGAGGCUUAUCGGUUUCGUAAUUUUCUCGUUUCUAUAGGAGUUGAUGAUAGGAAGCAUAUUUUCACAUUUAUUUUGGGUCUAAUGUGCGCUUUGGCCAUUUCUAGGGUUAAAGUUUCUUCAAUUGUUGUGUUUCCAGCUUCUGUGUUGGUUUUUGCUGUUGGAUUUUCGUUUGGGCUUGUUCGUGGUGGGGGUUUAGAUGAAUUGAACUAUAGUGGGAAUAAGAGACGGGUAAAAGAUGAAACUUUUAGGGCUUACGUUGAUAGGUUUAGGAAUUUGGUGGAAGUUGUUGAUGAUUUUGAUGUUAAAGUUAAAAAUCUCAAGUUUAGAGUACAGAAAGCUAUUGAUUCUAGACAAAUUACUGUGAAUGAUCUGGAAGAUUAUACUAAGGUAUUGGGAUCCAUUAGUUUAUCUGCUUCAAAGGCGAAGAAUUCCAUUGAGGUUUCUACCGAAAAUUUGAGUAGUUCUAAUGUUAUUUUAGCUGAGAAUCAGAAGUCAAAUAAAAGAGAGAGAGAGCUUGGUGAAAUUGGCAGUGACUUUUUCAAGUCUAUUGGGGGCUUGUUUAAAGAGAAUAUAGUUACUCCAAAGCCAAUGAAAGCGAAAAAUAAUGUUAAGCGAGAGACUAUGGAGGAUGAUCAAACUCGUGGUGAUAAUUUAUUCCCUUCUGUUAAAGAAAUGGUGUUGAAUCCGGUUAAUGCCAAUAAACAUAGAGCAAAUUCUGUUCUCGCUCAAAAUUCAACAACUGAGCUUCCUUUUGAUGAGGAUGGAUAUGGAAGAAUGAGAAAUGGGAAAAUGAGUUGGGAGGAGAUCAGUAGAUAUGGCAACAGAUUUAACUAUAGCAAAGAGUAUGGUUACGAGAAUAAGAGAUUGCAGUUAGUGAAUAAUCGCCGCAUCUCUUUGAAGAUGGGCCGUGAUGAUCAAAUUAAUACUUUGGAGUCUAAUGAUAAUCUUCUCGAGUCUGUAAAUUUUAGUAUCAGGAUGAAGCACAUGGAAACUGAAGCUUCCUUUUUGCGAGAGCAGAAGCUUGAGAAAUCUGAUGACAUUUACAGGUCUUCUUCUCGUAUGAGAGAGGAAAGCGAGUAUAGUGCCAACGGAUCUCCAUUGGUAGAAGAUAGUGUGAAUGGCAAAGAUGAUUCCUAUGUGGCCGGUCAGCUGUCUGGACAUGAGAGUGAGAUACCUUCCACUUCAUCUUCAAUGGUUUCAGACGAUGUGGUGUUUGACCGGUAUCUUACAGAAGCUAACGACCUGCUUCAACAAGCAAAGGAGUUCAUGAGAGAUGGACACGAAAAGGAUCGUGCAGAGAUCAUAUUAUACAAGUCUGCCAAGCUUCUAUCAAACGCCAUAGCUAUGAAGCCGGCGAGCUUGUUGGCUGUUGGGCAAUUGGGUAAUACUUGCCUUCUUCAUGGAGAGCUAAAACUAAGAAUUAGUCGUGAGUUGAGAACACUACUUUACAGAAGUAGUCCAUCUGUUGGAAAAUGGGAUAGAUUACGCAACCAAAUGGGGAGUAAAGACGACAUUACAUCUGCCCUCAUUAAUGUCUGUGAAGAGUGUGAAGAACUCCUGGUGGAAGCAGGGAGAAAAUAUAGGAUGGCUUUGUCCAUUGACGGGAAUGAUGUUAGGGCCCUGUAUAAUUGGGGCCUUGCUCUCAGUUUCCGUGCACAAUUGAUUGCGGAUAUUGGCCCGGAAGCUGCUUUUGAUGCGGACAAAGUUUUCAUGGCUGCAAUUGAUAAGUUCAACGCUAUGAUGUCGAAAGGCAAUGUUUACGCACCCGAUGCCUUAUUCAGAUGGGGCACGGUACUACAGCAGAGGUCUCGAUUGCGGCCAAGUAAUAGUAAAGAAAAGGUGAAGUUGCUGCAACAGGCAAAGAGGCUGUAUGAAGACGCAUUGGACAUGGACUCGGACAAUGUCCAAGUUAGAGAAGCCUUGUCCACGUGCAUAUCUGAGCUUAGCAGUAGAUACUUCUAGCCAUUGGAAGAAGACUCAAAAAUUGUCCCUACAUAUCCCCGCGUUUUAUCCUCCGUCUCUCUUUUCUUUCCUUCCACAAAAAAAUUUUGUGCUCGUUUGAUCCAUUUGUAAGAAAAUAAGAUUAGUGUCAAGCGGAGCGAAUAUAAUAAAGAUGCAUCUCCUUCCUCCAUUCUCCAGUUCCCCAAAUAAGUGUUCUUUUUGCAGUUUGGAUAGGUUCACGGGAGACAACUUGGUAUCGUAUUCAAACAAAGCAUUGGGAUGCUUGCAAUUUGAGUGUGAUACCGGGAGAUAAUAGGAAAGAUCUCCGAAAUGUGUCUGAAACUACUGUGACUUGUGAGACCAAAUAAUGGCGUGGCUGAUUGGCCCGCUGAGUAGUAAAAAAAGGCAGAUUA